GGACAAACAUAGUGUUGAGUUAAUUACAAGUGAAAGUGUUGUGUUGUGUUGUGUGGGACACACCUAAUGAACAUUGUAUUGACACAUGACUUGUGUCCAAACGGUCAUACCGUUGACCACAUUAUAUACUGUAGUUGUAGUGACACUACUGUAUGUCUAAUGUAAUAACGCAUGCGUAUAAGUGUUGACUCGUCGUCGACUCCAUUACUUUGGAAACAUUAGCUGAAAAUAGGAGUCAUUUGACAAUACAUUCAAUCACUGAAUCAAUAGUGCGAUCACUUGAAGACCAAUUGAAGAACCAAUUGAUUAGUGAAAUGAUUACUCAAACACAUUACCAGUGAAUCCCAAGUUAUCGGUCAACCAAUUGGUCGUAUUAUUGAUGAAUAGAGUGAAGAUGUCUUGUCAGUCACCACGCGAUGCCAUAUCGGAGGCCACUAGUAAUGGUCACCAAUCUGUGAGCAAUCAAAUAGUCCGCAUGAAUAGCGGUGCUAAUGAUUUGGAUGAGUUGUUUAAAGCGGUUCAGAACCCUCAGGACAGUCUGAUCCCACUAUCAGUGCCUAUGCGUCAGCGCAAACUUCCCGCUUCCUUCUUCAAACAACCCGACGGUCCCAACAGUGCCUCUCAUUCACGUGAGUCAAGUCUGGACGCAUCCUUCUCUCCGCCGCCACUCUCACAGCCGUCUAAUUCACCACUAAGUCCUGCGUCACCACAACAGCAGCAAACAAUUCAGCAUCACAUGAGUGCCGUCCCCUCGGGUCUCACUAUUAGUCAUCCGAGAGCUCAUUCUUCACCCGCAAGUCUUCAGCAAACAUUAGCUGUUUCACAGGCAAUGGCUUCGGCACAACAAUCUUCACAUAUCAGGCAAUAUAGCUUUGAUGUCGACAGUAUACCACUUCCACAGGGAUGGGAAAUGGGAAAGACUGAGAGCGGAGAGCGGUAUUUCAUAAAUCAUAUCACGAAAACCACUCAAUGGGAAGAUCCGCGAAGGAAAGUGAUUCAACAACAGCUUCAACAACAAACACAACCACGAGUUGUGGUCAUUCCUCAAAAUAAUACCAAUACCAGCAACAAUGCAAAUAACAACUCAACUGGUAAUCUUAAUCAAGGUUUAGGUCCCUUUCCCACCGGUUGGGAACCGGCACAGACACCCUCUGGAGAUAUUUAUUUUAUUAAUCACGUCGAAAGCAAGACUACUUGGAUAGACCCACGCCUUCCACCCUCUGCUCAACAAAACAGAGCUCAACUCAACAAUGGAAGAACACCUCCGCCUCCUUUCACUAGAAAUGCUGUUCCGCCGAGUCUUGUGACUGCACUCCAGAAUAUGAACACAUCUGGUUCUACUAAUACUGAUAACAUACGACUUCAACAACAACAACGACUCAUGAGUUUAGAGUUAGAGCGACAGAAACUAAGGCAAAGACAAAGCGAGAUAUUAUCUGGUCGUUUGCCACCCAUUUCUAGCACAGGCAUUGACCCAUUCUUAGGCGGAAAUAACAGUGCCUUCAAUAAUGAUUGCCACUCAAGACAAGAAAGUGGUGACUCCGGCCUAGGAUUGGGCUCUAACUAUAGUCUUCCACACACUCCCGAAGAUUUCCUUAACAUUGAGGACGCUCUCAACAACACAGAAGAUGCCAACAAUAAUAUUAACCGAUCUAACGAUUUAGGCUUAGAAGGUCUAAAUGUCGGUAAUCUGGAUUUGGUCUCAGAAAACAUGGAGUCUGACGACUUGAUACCCACAUUGACUGAUGAUUUCGGUACAGAUAUCUUAUCCAUUGUCGAGGAACAACUCGACACAAAUCGACUUUCAAUAGUUGAGGAACAGCUCGACUCCAAUGAUAAUAAUAUAAUGACUUGGCUUUGAUUGCACUUACAAUGCGAUUAUUUAAACGACAAAACAAUUUAAGUAUUUCUUUACAAAACAACAAAUACUAAACGUUUUUAAAUAUAUAUUAUAAUGAAUUUUAAAUUAAUUAUACAAACAGUAAUUAAACGG